AUGCGAGGCCUUGAAGUUAUCUUGAUCAUAGGGGUUUUGGUUGUUUUAACAUAUGGAGGUGAGUAUUUUAAUCCUUAAACUUUCGAGAUCUGAUUAUUAAUUCUCCUUUCCACCACUAUUCAUUUUAUUGGAUGUUAAAUAAGGGAUUUUGGGGUUUUAUCAAUAUAACAUCCUCUGGCAGAUAAAUUUGCCUAUUCUCACCACCUAUCUGUUAUCUGUAUUAGAUAUUCUAAGGAGAAUUAACGUGCAAAUCACUUCUGGGAGUUUAAGGGCUAAGAACUGGUUCAUGUUUAGCGUGCGUAUAAAGAGUAGUGAAAGCACAAGGGAAGUUUAUAGAGAAUGCAUGAUAAAGGCUUUGGAGUUUCUCGAGUUGUGUGCACCACAUCUCAUUAACCUGCGGCAAUGCGUUUUUUUAGUUUAGAUAUGAAUUAUAAAUAGUACUGGGCUAGCGUACUAACUUUUGUAUUAACCCUUUGGGAGGCUUCAUUUCAACAGUGUAACACCACUGGAUUUCUUUCACCGAUUUAAAAGUUAUUAUGAAAAAUAAUCUAUCCAAGACUUGGUGUGGGAGUGAAAGGAUUAAUAUGCUUCCCUUAAGGUUGAAUUUCGCCGUUCUAGCAAUUUUAAUUUUUCUCUAAAAAAGUUCCUAAGACUGUUUCCAUCCAAAUGAAAGUUACUCUGCAGCAUUUUUUUGAGGUGCUUUCAAGGCUGUGUAGUAUCACGUUAAGACUAGUCUUAGUUUGUGAGUCAAGAAAUCCUUAAUGAGGGAUCAGGCUCAAAUGACGGACAACUCUUUUGGGUUUGAAUAGUCUAACUCAAGAACAAUUUGGGAACUUUAGUCGCCAUACUGCUUUUACUUAUACGCGCUUCUCAGUUCCAGUACCCACACGGGAAGAUGAACCCCAGCUGCGAAAGAACCAAUGGAGGCCAGGGAAGAAAGGUUAACAUCAGUUUUAUGAUAUGGAAAAAUAAAACUUCACAGUAAAGUUUGAUUUAUGUAGUCAAAUGUAUAGCUGACCACCAAUCUUACUGGAAGGUCAAUAAAUUCAAGAAAACAGAGGUCAAGCUAGUUCAUACGUUCCGUGUUGAGACACCUUCUCUAUUAGCUCCAUGUCAUCAGAGUCGUCCAAAUUACAGUCAAACCUCAUUAAUACCAUCACUGAGGGGCCCAUAGAAAGUGCCUCGUAAUAAUGAGGAGUCCGUAUUAAGCAGGUAUCCGCAAGCGGGAUUUGACUAACACCUGCUUAAUACGGACAUCUUAUUGUUGCGGCGCACUUUCUAUGGCCCCCUCAGCAGGGGCACCCAACGAGGAUAUAGUUCAAAAGCACUUAAACAAAGCAUUGUUGAACGUUUUUUAGUAUUUAAACGGUAGAUAUAGGUAUAUUUUUAUUCCCUAAAAAUUUUUCAUCUGUUCAGAUUUCCUAGCUGAAAGUCUAGUGAUCCGAAAAUUAUAGCGCUCAAAACUUACCUUCUCGAAAAUUUCAGCCAGAAAAAAGGCUCCCGAAAAUUCUAGGUGGCCUUUUUAGGGUACAAAUCCGUUAAAAAUGGGCAAUUAUAUCAUUUUUGAGAUGUUCGAAAAUCCUAGGAGAGGCAGGCAAGCAAGAAAUUUUGCAACAAAUGCUCCGAAAAUCUGAGAUCUUAAAUCGUCUUCCGAACAAUUUUUUCCGAAAAUUGACGUUGGGUGCCCCUGCCUCAGUGACCGUAUUGACAGAGUUUGACUGUUUUACCUAUUUAUUCCAUAAAUAAAAUGAAAAUAACUACGUGCUAUCCAUUAGGAAACAAUUUUAAUCAGAAAAUGAAGUUAAAUGUAUUUUUGAUUUUAUUGCAUCUGCAUCUUGUCUAUCUUGGAUAUUCAUAGGGUAAUGACUCUAGCUUGCUCUAGACAUGAACACACUCUUAUUCUACCAGAUCAAGGUUUAUCUACGAUGUGCUUAGCUUUGUUAACGUUGUGGUCCUGUUUUGAAAAAUUUUGGCUCACAGAACCUCUAUGUUGAAAAAUUUUGGCUCACAGAACCUCUAUGUUACUCUACUUUGUUUUCAGAUGACGUCGCAAAUGACGAAGGAUCAGAACUUCAAGGUGCUUUAACUUCCACAAUUUUCUGUAAAGUUGGUUUGCGGGAAAAUAUUUGUUUUAUGUUUUAUCGACACCAUUGCACUAUGUAAAGCGUUUGUCAAUCGAGAAAAGGGCUUAAACUAGAAGUUAGUUAUACAAUGAUGGUCAUACGCUCAGAUUUGUAGUUCUUUCCUUACUGGCAGCAACUACCUGAAAUCACUUUGCGUCCAAAAUUAAGUCAAAAAAACUGACAAAACGACGUGUUGGCAUCUGACACGGCUUUACAUGCUGCACUUUCAACAACAACAACAACAACAACAACAAAUUUUAUCAAACAUUUUCCUACUAGUUGUGCGCGUAAACUAAAUUACCUUUAAAAAUGGUUUUGUGUUAAUUAGCCACGUUUUAAACGAGCAGGAGACUGGAUGCAAUUGCCUAAAAUCGAUUGAAUACAUUUGAGAGUUUAGUACCUUAUACCUAAACUAAAAAAAAACGUAAUUUAAAGAAGCUUUGCAUGGUAAGAAGAGCGACAGGCGUCCCUUGAAAAGUAAAUGAUUAAAUUAAACCAGAAACCCCUUAUGAGUUUGUGAUUAAACAUUGACUUUCUUUUCUCUGAUCACGCCGAAACUACAUAAGACUUGAAUGUUAAUUCGAAUGGUAGUUUCACUUUUAAGUCAACCAACCACACGAUAGUGAUGAAAUUAGAAAUAGAUAUUAAGUACAACUUAGAAAUGCUCCGAAAAAAAUUCGAGUCCCCAGCGAGAAUCGAACUCUCGACCUUCUAGAUACCUUCCAGAUUCACUUUUCAACCAAAUAAAACUGAGUGCAUUCGUACCCAGUCCCUUGCUCGUUUCGAGUAUACUAAUAGGCCAUCCCCAAGUUCGGAAAACUUUCCCUUUCAAAACGAGGCUAAGAGAAAAAUCCUUUCUUGUAAAAAUGGAUUUUAUCUGCAUGAGAAUAACUAAUCAUUUUCAACUAAUCAAUGGCUUCGCACUUUGCCUCGCUUCGAAACAGAGGCUUGGGGGCAACUCGAAAAUGGCUUAUUGCCCCAAAAGCUUUUCAUCACCGUCGUAACAAUAGCUUUGCAUUGAUUUAAUUCAAUGAUGCUAAUGAAAUCAGAGUUUUGCGUUAUCCUUGUUACUUCUGAAACUUAACACAAAACAACUUGCUACAUUAGCAUGCUAUGGCCAUAUAUGUACAAAAACGCUCAAAGACACUAAUUAUUAAUAUGUCUAUUGAUACAGAUGAUUCAGAAGAGGACGAAUUACACAAUGUGUAAGUUUAUUUCUAUCAUAUUAUUUAUCCUCAAUUAACUAAUAUGCAGUUGUAUGCUGAGCAACUUAUAAUCAGGGACAAAAUUAGUUGACACACUUGUCUAAAAUGCAUUCAUUUAACAACAAUUUCAUUCAUUUAUCAUUUAAUUCGAUUUAAACGCCAUAAAUUCCCUAACCCCCGAAUCAAUGUUGUUUGUGGUAAAAGAAAGACUUGAAGAUCUAAAAUACAACAUUGAUUUUAGGGGGAGGGCUGGCGGUACACAGGGGAUGGGGAUAGUUAUGUUCACUAUGCAAAAAAGGGGCCAUUUUAUAGUUGAAGUGUCCCCACACUUUUGUCCCUCAUUGCAGCCUUUCAGGGGUAGUGGGCCUGGCGGUCACUUUGUUUUGAUGCAUUUUAUACAUAAAAACAUGAUUUGCACUUGAGGAAUAAUAUUAACGCAAAGCUACGCAAAGUCACUUCCAACAUCGCUUCCAGUCAAGGCCAGGUUUUUUCAAGACACAACUAAAAAGAAGCUUAUUCUCCUCAACGUUUUAAAAAUACAUAAAGUCUAACUUUCAUGAAAUGAAGUUUGCUAACAAUAAUUCCAUACUUUAUUAUCAGAAUUCCGCUUGAUGUCACUUCCCUUAUUACAGGUGAGUCGUCUGAAAAAGCUUUUAUUUUCAAUUUCAGCGUGCAAAUUGUGUGAAACAAACUACACAAAAUCUAGCUAACCACUGCCACAGUCUUUAUUUAUCAUUUAUCAUAUUAUUUUGUCACUAUAAUUCAUAGGCUCGAUUACCAGCCGCUGUUCGGGAAAAUGAGCCCUCACUCAUCCCCCGAAAGAGCGGCUGGACGCGUGCGAUUUCUUUUGUUAGUUUAAGCCAAUCAUGUUACCGCCUGCAGAUUUUCGUCUGGCAAAGAUUGUCGCAGAAAUUAUCACAACAAAAUUUAUCCAUAGCAUGGCGAAGCGAUUUCGACAGCUUGGAGACCCUAGACGAAAUUCUAGAGUAGGAAGGAACACAACGUUUUGUUCGAUUGUUUGUUGUGAACGUUUCCUUUAAUGAUUGUUGUUGGAGAGAUUUUGCCUCUUCAAGGAUCUUUUCAAGGCGCUUUAAGUCUCGAUAACUGCGUUCGUUACAGAUGUAACCGUCCACGUUUAUAUUUGACAAAGGAACAUUCAAUACGCUGGAAAUUCUGUCCGGUAAAUCAGAAACUUUUCCAUUUAAUUUGGUCCGCUCCCGAGAAUCAGUCAGUUCGGACCCACAGAAGACGAAACCAAUAUUCGAAGAUCAAAGAAAAUUAACUACGUGUCGCCGUGUACAGAAAUGUAACGGAGAAUAUUUUUCACAAUGUAUGGAAAAGUGUACCGAAAAAGCUAUUUCGAAAGUCAUUUGGGUGGGUAAGGGAGCGCUUGAUGCAAUUUUGAGCCAAAUAAAUAAGAAAAUUGGAGACCGGUUUCACUUCCACCGGUGACAUCGAAGACGCCUGAAUUAUCAAUUUUCCAAUUACGUCACAGACAAGGUCAACGGGUCACGCGUCCAGCCGUCUCUCUUCGGGGAGGAUCAAAGACCGGACCCGGGAGACGGCGGAAAUCGAGCCUAUAUAAUUCACCGAUUCCAGUAAAGAAAAUGUAAGAAUGCUGAAAUACAGUCGAAGCUUUCCUUGCGACCACUCUCGUAAGAGACCAGCUCUCAUGAGUCAGACCACCUUGAUGAAUCCCCGUUUGAACUGUGACUUAAACUUUGCAAUGAAAAACUCUCGUAAGCGACUGCGAUCACUUUUGGGAUUACCCAACGGGACUUUCCUUUUGUUGUUAAGCCCUCGUAAGCGACCACUUAGAGUCUUAUUAUAAUAAAUCAACACUUUAAUAAAACUACACUCUGCGCUAAUGGUCUAUAAAAUUGGACUUAAAGUUUAGCCGUGCGUAUAUCAGAUAUAAAGUCACUCAUUAAACAAUUAUUUCUUUUGCUUUUUUUUAUUUAUAAAUCAUUAAUGCCUCUCGACUCAAGCUCUCGUAAGCGACCACCCUCUACUGUUUUAAACGACCAGCUCUAGUUACGACCUGUUUUUCCAAUUUCCGAGGUGGUCGCUUACGAAAGCUUCGAAUGUAGUUGGAACCGGUCGCCAGCCACCAUAACUUCCCCUAAUCAAUUUAACGCAUGCCAUGUUCAUUAUACUUAUUUGACAAAAUUUUCCUUUCCUAGAUAAUAAGAUACCACUGCCAUUUCCAAGACCGGGAAGAAAAAGGUACGAGCCUAUACAUACUGAGCUAAAGCCUAGGCAACGUCGAACUUUUCAUGAUAAGAACCAAACCUAUAUAAGUGAGUUGAGUUCAUGAAAAGUUCGACGUCUGACUCAGUUCGUCUGAAUUGAAUGAGUUUGGAUCCUGCUCUUCUGCUUCAAACGUCGAUCUUUACAUGUGACGACAUUAAAAAUUUGUAUCAUGAUAAUGUAUAUUUAGCCUCUUUCGGGAGAAAAUUUAUUACUGAUCUGAUUCAGUUGAUUGGUUCCCCUUUGACGCAACGUAAGUGUGACGUCUGACCCAAAACGACCGUCUUAACUUAAUUAGGUCGACCCAGAUGAAUUAGAGUUUGGUUCGUCUCGUGAAAAGUUCGACAUUUUGCCUAGGCCUUAGCAUCUUUGAAUUUCGUGUUUGCGUCUUCCUUUCCUGUCCAAGAAAUUUUAUUUUCAUUGUUUUUUAACCUUCAAAGGCCAGGAAUAUUCUAGUUUGGAACUUUAAACGGUAAUGAUAGUGAAAUUUAAACAUUGUGAAAAACACGACGCUUUGACAUGCAGCUCAGGACAGAGUUGUAAUUUUUUCACUAUUUCAUUGAAUGAAUCAAAACUCUAACACAGUUAAUUUUACUUUAGGUGACUCUCUAGAAAGUGGCUUAUUGUUUUCUUUCGCGAGAGUGGCCGCGUAUUAAAAGUUCAGAUGUAAUUGUUCCGUCUUUGUUGGUUUUUUUGAGUCUGCUGUAUAAAAGAUAAAAGUAAAGGAGAGCGCCUUAGUUUAAGUUGGUACCUCGGAAAAGUCAUCAUCUGGCUGACAUUUCUACGGCCCACUGUCCGUUUAUAAUGAAUAAUAAACUAAAUAAACUACUCUUCGCCGUAUUUUCUUCACGGUAUAGGAGAAAUGAGCAAACAUAGUUUGGGUAAAUGAGACUUACACAGGUCCCAGAUGCAAGUUCUCCAUCCUAAGCAACAUGAUUUAUUCCUUUAAACCAUGGUGGGGUAGCAUGAACUAGUAAAGUUUUAUGAAUAUCCUGUUCAUGUCUAACAAAGCUUUCCUAUAUAUACCAGCUAUGUUUCGUUCUUCGCUUGUCUUAGGUAAUAUAAGACUGACUCAAAUGUUUCAUUGCGGUCCCUGUUUUCUUUCUAGACGCCAGUUUACAGCUAAGCCCCGUGCAAACGGACGCAACAUUGUUGGCCAACAACUCCCAACAUUAUUGGAUGUUACAUGUUACGUCCGUUUGCACACCCUGUUGCAUGUUGUUGGAUGUUGUUGCGUGUCGUUGCGCAAAGUUUGAAACUGGUCAAACUUUUCAGCCAACAACUCCCAACAUUUCUUCUGUUCCAUGAUCGCCGAAGCGUAGCGCAACAAUGUUGGAUCCGUUUGCACAGCUCUUCCAAUAUUGUUGGGGCCGCGCACGCGCAUUACGCAUGGUUUACAAAGACUUAUGGGUUGUAUCCUUCCCACGAUACACUGCAGGUCCCAAAAUUGUUGGGAGUUGUUGUAUCCGUUUGCACACCACUGCCAACACGCACGCAACAACUCCCAACAUUGUUGGCGCAACAAUGUUGGGAGUUGUUGCGUCCGUUUGCACGCAGCCCUAGUGAUGCAUUCCAAUGCUGAUUCUUUCUUUUUUAUGUUCUCAGGACAUUAUCGGAUUUUUCCAGUGUCAACGAUCCUUCUCAAGGUAAAGCUCCAGAUCUAGCUUGUAAACUAGCCCGCUUAGCAGACGUAAUUUAACCCCGGUUAGUAACGUCUGCGAAGCAGCGAUGAUACUCGAUGAAUUACUGGAAAUGCGUUUCGAAUUUCCUUCAAUCUGAUUGGCAAAUUGACAAAGGCUUUUUUAACAGGCCAAUCAUGGCACGUAAUCAAAUCCUGGUACAUAGGUGGGGGCCCAGAACAAGGAUUUCGGAGCUGUUUCGCAAAAAAACUUUCUUAUUAAUGGCGCUACUUCCUUGAAGCUUUCAAGACGAUGUUAGUGAUCGCAUUUUGUUGUAUAGCGGCGCAAAUCGCAUUUCCGGCGAGAGUAUCAUAAACUGAAAGGAGCAAGUAUACCAGUCAGAAAAUUGCAAUGAAACCUGUAAAUAAGGCUGAAUUGCACUAACACGGAACAUUUGUAGUGCAAAAAGCGCUUCACCGGUUUAUACGAAUGACACGGAAAGGAUAUUCCAUAGUGUCCGGGUGUCCGUCGGUAUUAAGCAAGCUCUCAAAAAAAACAAACAAUUCCAACGACGAAGCAAGACAUUUUCACGAGAAAACGUUGUAUAGUUUCUAAACUGUAACGGUUAAAAGUUUAUCCUAAAGAAACCUAACAAUCUUUUAUCAUAGUCCUGGACUAAAAUUACCUUGAACAUUUAAAGUAUUGUCCUUGAAACGAGAGAAUGGUAUCUCCGAUUUUUCUUAGCAUUGACGGUUUUAGUUUGCGAAUCAACUUGCUGGACUAAAUACUAGACAGAAACACUGAAAGGUCAUUUGCAGUUUCUGCGGUUAGUUUUUAACUAGUAUUUAAGCAGUGUUCAGAUUAACAAUGUCUGUAAAACGUGGUAAUCAAUACAUGUAUGGCGGUUUGAUACUCGAGACAUGUGAAAAUGUCCAUUUCGAAUUGUCAAAUCGACGCUGUUCAAAAGAGUCUUAACCGACGUUUCGGCAAUGCUGCCUUCCUCAGGGUACCUGAAGACUCUUUUGAACAGCGUCGAUUUUACAAUUUUUAAAUUCACAUUAAGUAACUACGCUGCGCAGGGAUUUUAUCAUUUAAUACACAUGGGAAAACUGUCCGUUUUCCAUAUUAAUCGGUGUCCGUAUUAAGUAGGUUAAUCAUUCUUAGAGGAAAUGUAUGAGCUUUUUGGUUUAGACAAAGGAAACCUUCCUUUACAUGCCAGUGUCCGUAUUAGGCGAGUGUCCGUAGAGCGGGAUUACAUUCUGGGCCAUAAGCUAGAGGUACUAUUAAUAAUACUUCUAUUAACUUUACACUAACUGAGCAAAUCCUUGCGCGCUGAUUGGUCAAGAGCUAUGGUCUAUGAGAGUAUAGGCCAUUGAAAUGACGCAACAUGUCACACUGUGCCGUUUGUUUUUUUUUGUGUGUGGUUUUUCGUAAAAAAAUGAAUGUUAUUCUAAAAAACAAAUCGACCACAAUUUUCCAUGGUCUACACUCUUAUAGACCAUAGAAAUGACGCCACAAAAUGUUCAAAACUUUGCAGUGAAACCACUAGCCUGCGGCCCGCGGUUCCACUUGAGUUUUUAACAUUUUAUGACGCAAAUUCUAUCGUCUGUAAUAGUGUAGAACAUGGAAAAUUGUUGUCGAUUUGUUGAUUAUAUCUUUUUUACAAACGUUAUUAUAAUGACGCAUUAAUUGAUCUUGAGUAUUCUUGGUUGGAUUUUUAUUUUCAGCUGAGUAUCAACUAGCAACUGGUGGCAAAUUUAUGGUCAGACCUGGCAGGAGACGGUAAGACUUCUGUCAAUUUGUCGUAACCGGUACAAAAGAACAAGCGUAAUGUUUAAAACCGUUUUUGAAUAGAGCGGUUUUCACUUGACUGUCGAAAGUAAUUGAGGAAUUGGUUUGGUUUUGGUUUUACUACGCCCUUUGGUUGGCUAGUGUAUUUACUUUCGUUUUGGUUUUACGACAGUCAAGUGAAAACCGCUCUAUUUCAGGUCAACUAAAGCUCGUUUUGGUAGUCCUUAAACUACAUGUGAUUUAAGAGUGAUAAGUUUUAGCAGAGGCAACCGUUACAUUCUUUUCUCACUUCCUUCAUAAUUCCUUGUCCCAUUCUCCCUUGCUUUUCCUUGUAUAUAAUUAUUGCAAUGCGUCCAGCCUAUGUGACAGGCGUUUGAGGGGGAAUGGAAAAGAGAAUCGAGGCAUGAAGAAAUUGACUGCACGAACCGAGGACGAAGAUCCUGCUGGCUGACAACGUUGCGGGAUCUCUAGAAAACGGAUCUGAUCAGCUAAUAUCAUAAGAACAAAAAACGAGAAGUCCGAAGACUGGCUACUGCAUUCCCUGCUAGCAGAGGUCUCUCACGACGAGGCAAAAAUGAGAGAAAGAGAGACCUCUGCUAGCAGGAAAGCUACUGCAAAGCUGAUAUUACAAAGUGUGUUGCUGUUGUAAAAAAAUCCUUCGGCUGAUCAUAACAGCCUUCUUCAGGAUUACAGAUGUUACAACAUGUUGUAAACUUGAAGAAGGCUGGUAUGGCCAGCUGAAAUAUUGUUUUGAAAAAGCAAUUGAGGCGUGGUCGCGCAUGCUCUUUAUGCACCUGAGCGCCUUAAUCCGCCUCCACCUCCCGCCCCCUUCACUUCCUUUCAAACGUGUAAUAUUUUUUCUCCAACCAACUUCCUCUAACUCUACUCCUACUUUACUACAGUUUUCAGCGCUUACGUUUCAUUUUAAAAUCCUUGCUAAUUUUUUUCCCUCAUUGCUUUUGAUGUAGACUUCUGACAAUCCCCUAUUUUUCCGUAAGAUAGUCGAGAUCGAGCAAUUUGCUUUACGGGCGGCCAUCUUGGAUAAGUGUCAAGUCCACUUAGGGGAGCGUAGACAUAUGUACUUAGGGGGUGGGCAUCGUCUCUCCCCGACAGCUAUACACCCCGACGCUCGCCUGCUCAGUACAUAUGAAACCAAAAUGGCCGCCCGUACUGGUAAGCACUCGAUCCUACGCUCUUACGAAAAAAUAGGAAACCGUGAACGGUCUACUUUUCAUGAUGCAAGUCAUAUGUUCUUCUCCCCUCAGAACCGUAUCAGACAUGUUUAGUGUUAUCGAUCCUAUAGCAGGUAAUUUUCUCCUAUUAUACAUUCAUUCUUGACUUUAUCUUUACUGCUAGUAAUGUCUCAAAUAAAUUUUGUUGUGCAUACAGUUCUGAAAAGCAUUCCGAAAAAAGCCAUAUGAAAGAAUUCUUUAGAAGGGUUGCACUGUAGAAGUUAGUCGAUAGCAGAUUGAAAAGAUAGACUACAUUAUCAGUACAAGGCAGGGAAAUGAUUUUACUCGUUAGAAGUCUAUUUUGAAACAGCUUAGGGCGGUUUCCAAAAGUCAGAACUGGCCGGCCAGUUGAAGACAUUUUGCUGAAAAACCAUCUCCUCCUGCAUAAUAUUUAUGAUCUGGCUGGAUAGUCAAAGUAAAAUUCGCAAUUCGACGGAAUCGCAGGAAUGGUCUGGCCGGUUAGGCUCGAUUUCCGCCGUCUCCCGGGUCCGGUCUUUGAUCCUCAUCCUCUUUCGGGGGAAUGAGUGCGGGCUCAUUUUCCCGAACAGCGGCUGGUAAUCGAGCCUACUGGCCGGUCAGUUUUGACAAAUGGAAAGCGCCCCUAAAUAAGGCAAUCUCGACAAACGAUUGUAUGAGAUUCUCAGGCAGAUCUUAAUAAUCUGGGGGAAUAUCUUAAACUGCCCACAGUUUUUCAGGGCAACCGUCAACCGAGCCUCUGUUAGUAUCUUAUACUUUUGGAAGCAUAAUGAGGCCCCGUCUACUCGUAUCCAGAUAUUUUUUAAUCUGCAUCUUUUUCUUUGCGGGUACGGCUUCCGUCCACUCGUAUCCGGUGAAUCCAGCAGGCACAUCCGCAACUUUUUGGCAAACACCAAAAUAAUUACCAAAGCCAGCAACAUUGUCUUACUUAGCGCCGGAAGUAGGCUGACUGUCCUUCAUAAAAUUUCCACCCUUAUUUUCUUUCACUUCAGGCGAUAAUGACAAAAUAUGUCAUAAGUGAGAUAGUAAACCGACAAAUUACUUGGAAUAUUUACUCUUCUGUUUUCAGGUGCUAGUAAGCGAGCAAAUUUUCCACCCUAUAACGGCAUGAUCAGACCUGGACGAAAAAGGUGAAAUAUGUUUUCUGUUUGGCUGAGCAGAUUUGAAUAAUAUUCUUUGAAAUUGAUGGAUCCCAUUAAAGAAUUGACUCACCUUUUUUUCCGUACAGGAGAUCACAUACUGCUUAAGAGAAUGGUUAAAUAGACUUAGGUAAGGUUACCUCUUGUUUCCCAUUUAUAAACUUAAACUAGCACUAAAGUUCUAUUUAGACCUCAGUUUUACUAUCCUAUGUAUCGCAGGAGACUGUCUGACGCUACCGUAGUUCCUCGAAUAAUAGCCGGGGACGAUUAUUAAUUUUUUUUCAAUCCAUAUUUUUUGGCACCAAAAGGGGGCGAUUAUUUGGUGGAGGCAAUUAUCGCGUUCGUUGGAACUCAUCCUAAUCUGGUGUUCCUGUGGCACAAAGACAGAAAUUUUUAAAUAUUACUACCUGGAAGUCGUGCCCUAAACAUUUUCUUUUGUUUUCGUCCCAUUAAAUCAAACAAUAAUCACAUCAAAUAAACUGAACAUGGGCUUUUUUAAGUGUUCCAAAUUUGGUUAAUCCAAGGUGUCAACUUUUAAAUUGAGAGGGAGGGGAUAAAAGAAUGAGAAGAUGACAAGAGGGGUGGGACGGGGGCGAUUAUUUCAAAUACUUUUGUAAAAGGGGAGGGGACGAUUAUUCGAGGGAGUCGAUUAAUCUAGGGAAGGCUAUUAUUCAAGAAAAUACGGUAGUUGUUCUACACACUACAUCUUUAGGUCUCCUGUGGUAUUUUGGGUGUCCUGUCGCUAUUUAGGCGUUAAAAACUGGAUUAAUGUUUGUUCAUGCAAUAAGAUUUUUUAGCAAGUUUAUCUAUUGGUGUCAUCAUAACUUAAAUCGCACGUUCUUAUUACGCGAGGUUUCGCACAUUGUGGCGGACGUUAACAGUUUCAAACUAUUUUCGUAUGUCUGUAAACGAGCCUAUAACCAAAUCGCAAAGAGUUUCGUGAUUACAGGACUAUCUUGCAGUCAUUUAUCCUACAACUAUAAAUUGACCCAACAAAAGGGUCUGUAAUUAACAACAUGUAUAUGCCAGUUCAUCGUUUUUCAGAUGAUGUUUUACUAACCAGCAUCUGAUGCUCGCGGCGUUAAACUUACAAUUUGUAACCUUUAGUUCAGUAAUUAUAUAUUAUACAUCCCUUGUCAGAGACUAAACGUUUCCUUAACUUUUGUUUUCUAGGUUAAUGCUCUGCAGAUCAAUGAAGCUUAAUUAAUAGGAAAGGAAUUAAAAGCUUAGUAAAUGACACACAAACGAAGAUUCAAAAGGUUUAGGUUUCUGAAACACGAAGAAGAACAAUUAUUGAGCAAGACUGAGACCCACGUCAAGAGAAUAAAGC